AUGGCUUCAUCGCUCUCGCCAACUUCGCCCUCAUCGUUCCAACAACAUACCAAAGUCCAAGAAGAAGAUACCCAACAUGUCGUGACAGAGCCAUCAUUAAGGGAUAAUUCCGAGCUAAGAAUUCCUUCUCUUGAUCUCUCCACACUGAACACGAGUAAAACUAGUGAUACCGAAUUGGCGGACAUUCAAGAACAACAUCAUGACGCAUUGGAAGAAUAUAUUAAAGAUGAAAAUUUUGACGGCCUCUCCAUGGCCAUUGAAAAAUUGUGGAACAACAAACAACAACAAAUGAGCAAUACGAGAAAUCCAUCUGAGGAAGAAAUAGAUCCAAUCAAACAAUCAAAGAAUGAUGACAUUUCGCUUCAUAAUCAAGAUACAACGCACUUUACAAGCAAUGUUGGAGAGACAUCAUUGGCUUUGAAAAUAUCAUCUCCAACAUCUGCUAACAAAUCGAUUAUUUCUCUUUCAGAAAGCGAAGCAGAAGUACGUCUAAAGGAAUUACUACAAAAGAUUGAAAUUUCAUCAACACUUCAGGAAACUUGUAACAACCACGAGAACAUCCAUAACAGCUCCAUUUUGGAGCAAGAUCAUGCCAUGACUUCAACUCCUUCAAUACCACAACAGCCACCCCUUCCAAAAGACAUUACCCCUCAUCCCCAAGUUGAUGUUCAUGCUCUCAUUGAGCACUAUGAGCAUUUACAGGAAGAAUUGGAAAAAGUUGGCAUGGAAGAAUUUGCACCUUCAGAGGAAGCAAUUCCUUCAUAUCAAUCUCAAAUGGAUAAUCUUUUUCACAAAGACAAUUCCUCGCGAUACAAUGAGAUGGAUCAAAUAUUGCCGAUGUUGUCCACUUUAAUUGAGGAACGGUUACAACCCGUUUCUGAUCUACUACGAUCAAGUGGGUAUGCUGGUUUUGUUGGAGAAACCGAUAUUGUACAUAGAAUACGAGACACGUUCAAAAUAAUGCUGGAAGAUUUGGAUAGAAAAUCCAAAACCAUUGAGCUUCAAUCUAAAAAUCAGCAAGAGUUCACCAAAACCAUGAUAAAGCUAAAGCAACAAGUAGAAAAGGCGAAUGAAAUAACAAAUCAAUACAAGAUUCAACUGGAAAAAAAAGAAAUUGAACUCAAGUCUUUUAAGGAAAACAACAAUGUCAAUACAAGUAAAAACGAGAAGGAACUGGUUCAAAUGAGACGUACCAUUGACGGUUUAAAUGCCAAAGUUCUUCAAUACGACAGUAUUAUAAGCUCGAAGGAUGACGAAAUUAAUGAUCUCAAAAAGAAAAUGUAUCAAUUCGUCUCCAAAGAGGAAACAAAAAGAAUUAACUCGAUGAACAUUUUCUCUCAAAUACAUAAACGUAAACCAACAACAAAAUCUGAUGCCAAGGAGAUUGAUCUAAUUGGCAUGUACGAAGAGCAACGGAUACAGUUGAAGAGAGAGGUUGUAUUUUUAAAGAAAGAGGUGCAACGAUUAAAUGACCUUGAAAUUCAAAUGCAGAGCGAUUCUGACAACAAAAACGAGGAGCAAGUCAAGAAACUUUUAUCUCAACUUAAAGUUGAAAGAGAAAAGUACACCCAACUUGAAUCGGAAUUCAACGCUACGCAACAAAAAUUGAGUACAGCAAUAGCACAAAAUCAAAGGAUUACUGCCAAUUUGGAGGAAGAAAAUACAAGACUAUUGAAGGAACUACAAAACAGACCAUCAGCUCAAGAUUAUUCUCAAUUACAAAAACUUAAUGAAGAUUUUAGAAAGACAAUCAAGCUAUUGAGAAUUAAGGAAAAAGAAUUGGAAGAAAUUAAGAAGAGCAAUGAUCCCAAGUCGGUUUUAACAAUACCUGCUGGAAAGUGGUCAGAAUCUCCUAAUGAGAAGCGAAAAAAGCAACCCCAAGCAAGUACAACACCAAACAAGUUGAUAGAAGAGACACAAGCCGAGCUGAAAAGAUUCAAGGACAUUACUAUGGAAAUUUGCAAAAUUUUAAAUAUUUCUGACGUGGUUGAUCUGGUUCCAUCUCUACAAAAAACGAUUUCUAUUGUGAAAGCAGUUCCCAAGAUGGAAAAGUUCAUUUGUGAAGUAUGUGAAAUGUGCCAAAAAGGCACCAAUGAACUUGGACAUCAAAUUGAAUUGAAACCUAAAAUUGUAGCUCCUUUACUAGGGUAUUGGAUCGAAAAACUCAAAGACUCUCAAGUCAUGGAAAAAGAAAUUGCUGAACUUCUCAAUAGCAGGCCAAAUGCAACCACUAAAAUUGAUUAUUCAGAUCCAGAUUUCAAAGUGAUGAAGAGUCAAAUCAUUACAGCGAUACAGGAACUUAUAAAUCCAUGA